AUGGUGUCAUACCACAAAAAGAGCAUUUUGACACUUUUUGCCUUGUACUCUUUAUUCAUCAUAGAGUGCUUCAGUAGUGAAGAAAUUCCAGAAGAAUGGAUGCUCUUACAUGUUGUUCAGGGACAAGUAGGGGCAGGAAAUUACAGCUAUCUGAGACUUAACCAUGAAGGGAUGAUUAUACUCGAGAUGCAGAGCUUGAGAGGUGAUGCAGAUAUGUAUGUCUCUGAUGCUACCCUCAACCCCAGUUUUGAUGAGUAUGAUCUACAGUCCAUGACGUGUGGCCUGGAUAUUAUAGUUGUGCCAGACCAAUUCAAGCGCCCUGUGGGGAUUGGAAUCUAUGGCCAUCCUUCUUAUAUAGAGAGUGAAUUUGAAAUUAAAGUAUACUAUGAUCAAACAAUACGAGAAGACCCUUUUGCUGAAGCAUCCUAUGAUCCAGAACAGAUGGAGGAAAGUCACAGAAAGCAGCGGCAACCUCAAUUUGAAGCAACUCGUGAAGAAGAAUCUGUGCUACAGACUAUUCUCAUUGGGAUUCUCAAGAUUGUCCUAGAGAUUCUCUUUUAA